AAGACGCUCAUUCACCGGCGCAGCUGUCACCAUAACAACCGGAGCGAGGGAAUCCUGGCGACUGCCGGGGCGGGGGGCGGGGGGUGGGGGCGGCGGUCGCAGGAGGGACCUGGUGCUGGCGGGACCGCGGCGGUCGGGGGACACCAGCCGCGUCGGAGCGCCCAGCACGCCCCGCGCUCCGCCGAGCCCCGCUCCAUGCAGACCCGCGGGCAGGAGGGAGCCACGCACAUCGCCGCCGCGGCCGUCCCCGCGGGGCGGUGACCGAGCCUGCCUCGGAGCCGCGGAACGCCCACGUCAGGGACCCUGACUCUAUGGCCCCGGGGGAGCGCGCCGGAGCCGCCGCGCCGCCCACCCCCAGCCGGAACCCGAGCGUCCCGGGGAGCAAGCGGGGAGCCCCGGGCGUCCCCGGCCCCGGCCCAGGGCCCUGCUUGUGGCCCCCGCUCCGGCCACGGGGCAUGGGAGGCAGGUAGCCCCGCUCGCGCCAGGACACCCGUGGCGGGUGGAACCCGCCAAGGACCGCGAAGUCCAGAGAAAGGAAGCAGAGGAGCGGCCCGCCCGCCCCCGGCCGCAGCCCCAGCAGGGCCCUCCCCCGGCGGCGCGCACCCGCGCGCGCACACUCGCACACCGCACCUCAGCUCCUGCCCGGCCUCGCCCCCACCCGCGAGCGCCGAACCCCCUGGGGCCGGAUGCCAUGGGUAACAACUUCUCCAGUAUCCCCUCGCUGCCCCGAGGAAACCCGAGCCGCGCGCCGCGGGGCCACCCCCAGAACCUCAAAGACUCUAUCGGGGGCCCCUUCCCCGUCACUUCUCACCGAUGCCACCACAAGCAGAAGCACUGCCCGGCGGUGCUGCCCAGCGGGGGGCUCCCAGCCACACCGCUGCUCUUCCACCCGCACACCAAGGGCUCCCAGAUCCUCAUGGACCUCAGCCACAAGGCUGUCAAGAGGCAGGCCAGCUUCUGCAACGCCAUCACCUUCAGCAACCGCCCGGUCCUCAUCUACGAGCAAGUCAGGCUGAAGAUCACCAAGAAGCAGUGCUGCUGGAGCGGGGCCCUGCGGCUGGGCUUCACCAGCAAGGACCCGUCCCGCAUCCACCCUGACUCGCUGCCCAAGUACGCCUGCCCCGACCUGGUGUCCCAGAGUGGCUUCUGGGCCAAGGCGCUGCCUGAGGAGUUUGCCAAUGAGGGCAACAUCAUCGCAUUCUGGGUGGACAAGAAGGGCCGUGUCUUCCACCGCAUCAACGACUCGGCUGUUAUGCUGUUCUUCAGCGGGGUCCGCACGGCCGACCCGCUCUGGGCCCUGGUGGACGUCUACGGCCUCACACGGGGCGUCCAGCUGCUUGAUAGCGAGCUGGUGCUCCCGGACUGUCUGCGUCCGCGCUCCUUCACCGCUCUGCGGCGGCCGUCGCUGCGGCGCGAGGCGGACGACGCGCGCCUCUCGGUGAGCCUAUGCGACCUCAACGUGCCGGGCGCGGACGGCGACGAGGCCGCGCCGGCCGCCGGCUGCCCCAUCCCGCAGAACUCACUCAACUCGCAGCACAGCCGCGCGCUGCCGGCGCAGCUCGACGGCGACCUGCGUUUCCACGCCCUGCGCGCCGGCGCGCACGUCCGCAUCCUCGACGAGCAGACGGUGGCGCGCGUGGAGCACGGGCGCGACGAGCGCGCGCUCGUCUUCACCAGCCGGCCCGUGCGCGUGGCCGAGACCAUCUUCGUCAAGGUCACGCGCUCGGGUGGCGCGCGGCCCGGCGCGCUGUCGUUUGGCGUCACCACGUGCGACCCCGGCACACUGCGGCCGGCCGACCUGCCCUUCAGCCCUGAGGCCCUGGUGGACCGCAAGGAAUUCUGGGCCGUGUGCCGCGUGCCCGGGCCCCUGCACAGCGGCGACAUCCUGGGCCUGGUGGUCAACGCCGACGGCGAGCUGCACCUCAGCCACAAUGGCGCGGCCGCCGGCAUGCAGCUGUGCGUGGACGCCUCGCAGCCGCUCUGGAUGCUCUUCGGCCUGCACGGGACCAUCACGCAGAUCCGCAUCCUCGGCUCCACCAUCCUGGCUGAGCGGGGUAUCCCAUCACUCCCCUGCUCCCCUGCCUCCACGCCAACCUCGCCCAGUGCCCUGGGCAGCCGCCUCUCUGACCCCUUGCUCAGCACGUGCAGCUCUGGCCCUCUGGGUAGCUCUGCUGGCGGGACAGCCCCCAACUCGCCAGUGAGCCUGCCCGAGUCGCCAGUGACCCCAGGUCUGGGCCAGUGGAGCGAUGAGUGCACCAUUUGCUAUGAACACGCGGUGGACACGGUCAUCUACACAUGUGGCCACAUGUGCCUCUGCUAUGCCUGUGGCCUGCGCCUCAAGAAGGCUCUGCACGCCUGCUGCCCCAUCUGCCGCCGCCCCAUCAAGGACAUCAUCAAGACCUACCGCAGCUCCUAGCCCGUUGCGGUGGCCCAUCCCGCACACCCAUCUCCUCGGGCUUCAGCCCAGCCCCAGCUGAGGAACAAGCCAGUGGGGCCCCUUCUCUUCCUCAUUUUGGAAACUUUUCUUCCUCCAUUAAACAUGGGAAACUGAGGCCCUUGAAGGUUUGGGGAGAGGGGGGUAUCAGGCAGGGAGGGGGCAGAGGCAAAUCGUCGGGCAGAGGGAGGGGAGGAGAGGAGGCCGCACUCUCCCUGUCUCUCCCGUCUCUGCACCCAGCUCUUCUCUGCAUGCUGAGGGCUAAAUUGGGAUCUCAGCCUGCCCUAAUCUUUCCCCAUCUGAGGCAGGUUUCUAGGAGGUGUCUGUAGUCCAUGUGGCACCUUUGUGAGAAUUAGAAAACAUGUACCUCCCUCUGGGCAGCUGCAGCCCUGAGCCAGGGCAUGUGGCCUGGCUAGUGCAGUGUGGACUGGAUUUGAGGCUCAUUUGCCUCCUCAGCCAACUGCCCUUGAGCAGUGUACAGCCUGCUCAACAACCGCCCUGGGCAGGCCGCUCCUGAGCUGCUGUCUCCCUCUCUGACCUAUGCCUACCUUCUCUUUCUUCGUUCCCUGCCCACUGGCAUGGCAGCUGGGGGUGAGAGGCUGGUGGGUGCCUCCCGUCCUGGGCAGGCUGCAGCCUCAUGCCAUGUCUCUCUCCUACCACCUGAUGGGCACAUGGACAGGCUGCAGAGGGCUCCAGGUUCUGGGCCCCUAGCUGAGAAGGGGAGGACCCUGUCCUGGCCGUAGCCUUCCUGCCCCAGUCAUCUCGCUGGAUGCCAUUGCCCAGGGGUAGCCCUUCGGUAUGGGCUGGGGAAAAGGGUUGGUCUUCUGCCAGGGUCCCUAAGAACAGGUUUGCAGCUACCUUUUCUGACCUUUUCCCCACAUCUUGUGCUGUCCAGGGCCUAGGCUGAUAGUCAGAGCCUGUGGCACACCUGGAAUGGGCCAGGGCCCUGGAUGGGGAGGUGUGGGUUCCCUGGGCCAAGACCAGCCUUUUCCCUCAGUUUAAUUAAUUAAUUUAUUUGGUUUGUGGUUUUGGGUUUUUUUUUGUUUGUUUGUUUGUUUGUAGGCCUCUGGGCCCCUAGAAAUGCUGCCUUUGUGUUUGGGGUACCUGGGAAAGGAUGCGGCUGAGGCAGUCAUAACGCAGUAUCUUCCCCUGACUCCAGCCACAAAGCUUAUACCCAGCUCUGCCAAUCAUGAAUUGGAACUCCAUAAGGAGGGGCCAAAUUGGACCUUUUGGCAAACAGUGUCCAUUUUACAGAGAGGCAAACCAAGCCUCCUUAGUGCCCUGGGGCUGGUGGUCACCCAGAGCCAUAGAGCACCCUUCCUCCUGGGCCAGAGCUGGGUUAUCAUGGUUGGCUUAGGUACAUCAGGUGACCCAGGAGGUCCCCCCUCCAUAAGGACGUCAAACUUCCAGGAGGGCCAGUGUUCCUAGUGUGGGCCAGGAACAGGACAGGGAGACCUUGUGAUGGCGGGGCAGGGAGCCUGUUUGUAGGGAAGAUGAGGAGGCAGGGGCUGCCUCUCACACCUCCAGGUUCUCAUUCUAAGUUCUGGGGGAGGGAGCGCCCCACCUGCUCAGGUUGGUCCUCUCAGCCCUGCCUGCCCUGGCCUGGGCUCUCCCAGCCUCCCAGCCCUCUGCCCCCUCAGAUGGCUUUUUGUUUUUGUUUUUGUUUUUGUUUUUGCAUCCAUCAGAGACUGCUCCUCUGUGUGGCAGGCAGGGCAUAGGUUUUAGUCCUGGCCACUGACCAGCUGUGUGGCCCUGGCCGAGUCGUAGCCCCCUGGAGCCCAGCUUCCACUUCUGUAAAAUGGUUGGGGAGGAGGGGCAGGCUUUCUGUGUGACUCUCGGGAGUUCUUCCGUGAGGGCUGCCAUGGGGUGGUCUGCCAGGACCUCAGGCUGGGCCUUUGUGCUGGCCUUGCAGUGGGCGUGUGGGGAAGUCACUGUCCCACUAUGGGUCUCCACUACCCAGUCACUGACCCUGGGAGACCCCUUCUGUGGGAGGGAACAGGGGCUGACUAGCGGGCCCCCCAGCCCAGAGGCUGAGGGUUGGGGAGAGGAAGCCAUCAUCUCAUUACCUGUCAGUGCAGGGGUGGCUGCUGCUUCCCUUGUGCACUCGGGUUGCUGUGAUUGUGAAUAAAGGUGAUUUCGUACCA